AUGGAGGAGAACAAAGCAGAGAUCACAUAUGUGGAAAGCGCAAAGGAAGACUUUGAAAUUGUCAAGCAAUCAGAGCCAACUGAGGAGUUGGAGAGAAACUUGGCCAUCCCAGAGUCUUUGAAACACAUGACUGAGGAAGAGCUUGAGGCAUUUGACAAGAAAGUCACUAGAAAGAUCGAUUUCAGAAUCUUGCCAACAUUGGUUUGGAUCUACAUCUUAAACUACUUGGACAGAAACAACAUUGCGUCCGCACGUCUUGGUGGCAUGGAGGACGACUUGGGGCUGAAAGGUAAUCAAUACCAGACGUGUAUCUCUAUUCUUUUUGUUGGUUAUAUUCUUAUGCAAAUCCCAGCAAACAUGCUGAUGAACAAACUGGGAAGACCUUCAGCCUUCAUGACGACAAUCAUGUUUACCUGGGCAAUUAUCUCUACAUGCACAGGUGCAGUACAGAACUACGCAGGGUUGAUGGUCAUUCGUCUGUUGCUUGGGUUCGUGGAAGCUGGCUUCUUCGGGUCUGCCUUGUACUACUUGUCAUGUUGGUACUCCAGAAAAGAUCUGUCCUUGAGAAAUGCCAUUCUCUACUCAGGUUCAUUGUUCUCCGGUGCUCUUUCAGGAUUGAUUGCUGCAGGAAUCAUUGAAAAUAUGAACGGGGUCCAUGGUUUGAAGUCUUGGAGGUGGUUAUUCAUUAUUGAAGGUUCUAUCACCAUUGGAACUGUUCCCUUGGCCUACUUCAUCCUUCCAGAUAUGCCACAUAACUCAAAGUUCCUCACAGAGCAGGAGAGAGAUUUUGUCAUGUGGAAACUCAGAAGAGAAGUGGGUCAAGACGAUUCAGACAAGCUGAACGAGGAGUCAUACUGGACAACGUUCCUUUUGACUGUUAAGGAUAUCAAAGUCUGGUGUCUCACUGGUGUCUUUGCCUUCCUUGUCGCAGCCUGUGGUGUCACCAACUUCUUCCCAACAGUGGUGAAAACUUUGAACUUUGACAAUAUCACCACUUUGGGCUUGACUGUACCACCUUAUAUGAUUGCUGUUGUUGCAACAUUUAUCUGGGCUAGACAUGCGGAUAAGACUGGAGAAAGAUUCCUACACGUCACCAUACCUCUGGUGUUAUCAAUGAUAGCCUUCAUUAUUGCAGUGGCAACUACAAAUACUGGUGCACGCUACUUUUCCAUGUGCCUGAUGAUCCCGGCUUUGUAUUGCUCUUUUACAACUAUUAUCUCAUGGAUGUCAAACUGUGUUCCUAGACCACCAUUGAAGAGAGCCAUUGCAAUUUCCUUGAUGAACUGUUUGUCCAACUCCACUUCCAUUUGGAACUCAUAUUUGUAUCCAACCAGUGCAGCACCAAGAUUUCUUCAGGCUUUCAUUGCCAACAUCGUCUUCCUCAUCUUAGCCAUUGCGAUCGCAGUUAUCCUUAGAAUCAAGCUGAUGGUUCUCAAUAAGAGAAUCGAAAGUGGCACCAUGAACUGGGAGAAGGAGCUUGGUCGUGGUAAUGACGGCUCUAAAAUCAGCCCUGAUUUCCGUUUCCUUGUUUGA